AUGGCCGACCUCGCAACUCCCUCAGGUGCUGCCAUGUUCGACGCUGGUGGUCCCAGCGAGAAGAAGAACGCCAUCACCAAGCCCGAGAAGCCAGAUGAGGAAACUUACAAGGCGAAUCUCAAGCAAGCCGAGAAAGAACAUGCGGAUGUCAUGACCAAAUUGAAUGCCGUCCGGGCCAAGAUUGACAUUGCGAAGCCCUCUUCCAAAGAUUCGCCGUCCAGCAAGCGCCGUGCAGAGCUCAUUGCGCAAUUGAAGGAAAUCCGGGAGAAACAAGGUGCUGGGAAAUCUGGCCGAGCAUCUACAUUCGAGAGGAUUAAGGCUUUGGAUGAGAACCUCAAAUCGGCAAUUCAAGCGCAAAAGGCUGCUCGCAGCAAGGUUAACUUCAAGGGCGUUGAGGAUCUUGACCGCGAAAUUGACCGACUGGACAAGCAAGUCAACAGCGGUAUGAUGAAGCUGGUCGACGAGAAGAAGGCGUUGUCUGAAAUCUCCAACUUAAGAAAGCAGCGCAAGGUUCUUGCUGGGUUCGACGAAUCCCAGAAGGUCAUCGAUGCGAAAAAGGCCGAUCUCAAGAAAUUGAGAGAUACUCUCGACGACCCAGAGUCAAAGGCUCUAAGCGAAAAGUACAACAAGCUCCAGUCAGAGCUAGACGCCAUCAAGGCCGAGCAAGACGAGGCCUACCAAGGUAUCAACGCCCUGCACGAAGAACGCAAGAAGCUUCAAGACCAGCAACAAGAGAAGUGGACCGCCCAAAAGAAACUCAAGGACGACUAUUACCAAGCUGGCCGUGCAAUUCAAAAAUACGAAUAUGAGGCACGACAACGUCUACGGGAGCGCAAGAAGGCUGAGCAGGAGACCUACGUUAAGGAAAAGAAGCGAGCCCGUGCUCAGGAGAUGCUCGCCGAUGCAAGCGAGCCAGCAUACUUGGCCGAGAUCAGAACCGCUGAAUCUAUCAUCCGAUACUACGAUCCCAAGUACACGAACGAGAAGGCACCUCUCCAAGCCCCCUCGCAAUUUUCUGCCUAUGCCGCGAGAACUGUCGAUGAGGCCGGUAUCAAGGGCAUGAAGGUCGUUCAGAAGAAGGACGAAGAGGAUUACUUUGCGGGCACUGGGGGUAAGAAGGGAAAGAAGGGGAGAAAGAACAAUGCUGCUGCCACCCUCGACGCUCCCGCUCCCAGCAAGAACUUUAGCUGUCCGCCUCAAGUCAUGAACGACUGUUCCUCGAUGGGUAUUGACCCCCCUAUGAGCUCAGCCGAUGUCGAGCCUGUCGUUGAGAAGGUCCGGGCGAAGCUGGAGUUCUACAAGUCUGACCAAAAGGCGCAAACCGAGAAGAACAUCGCCAAGGCCAAGAAGGAACUCGAGCGUCUCGAGGCAGAAGACGAGACACCAGCCGCGCCAGCCAAGACCGCGGAAACCAACGGAGCUGCUCACGGAGAGACCAAGGCCACCGCCGGCGUUGACGAUGGCGGCUCUGUUGCAAACGAGAUCAACCUGAUGAAGGCCGCUGGUUCAGAUGUGAUUGCCGAUUUGCAGGGGGCCAGUCUUGAGGACAAGGAAGAGGAGAAGUAG